AUUUCUGUUAUUUCCGUAUUCUCUUUGAACUAGUGGUAUUUGCUAAUCGUACAUAAAUUGCAUAUUCAGCUUAUUGUGAUUAUUUUUUUUGUGGAAAUUAGAACAAGUAGCGCAGUGUUAUUAUUAUUGUUUGUGCAAAUAUGUCGUCAUCGGGAGGAAGGCCUACGAAAUCAUCAUCAGGAGGAUCUAGGGUACGAUUGGAAGAUGAUCCAAGUAUAUCAAACGGAUUGGGAACGGGAUCCAAAAGUAGGACUGCGACCGUGACUCAAAGAUCAAAGACUAUAGAGGCUGUCCCAACAACACCAACUUCGUCGUCAUCAAACAUAUAUAAAAAGAUAUCAAUGAGCAGUGCAUAUCUACCGUAUCAAUAUAAAAGAGAAGCGAAAAUCCCAUCUAGGGUUGCGGCACAGCUUCCGUCUAGAACAUUAAGUCCAACCCAUCGCCCUACACGUUUGGGGUUGGGAUCAGCCGUCGGAAAUUUGAGAGUGUUUCAUAUCAUCAAUAGCAAGAAAGCGUCUAUAGUCGUUAAUGGUGAGAGAAGAAGGCUAAUUCCUGGGAGUUUGAAGAAAGAUCAAUCACAAUCCGUUUCGGCAUCAAAGAAAAUCACACCUGGUGGCGAUUCUGGUGCAAGUGUGACCUCUAGAAUGAAAAUGCUCACAAUUUAUGAGUCACCAAAAGCUUCUGGUGGGGAUUGUCCACCGGAAGCGAGUACAAGUUGCAGGAUCAAUCCCACAGCUUCUGUUACUGGGAAAGUAUUUCUGACUCUCAAUAAGAAAGCCAACUAUUUAGCAGCUUUGGAUAAAAAAGUGAUAUUUACGCUGGGGAGUGGAACAUCGUUUACGGUACAACCAGGCAAAAGGAACAACGAAGAAGAAAGUCAUCGCGCAAUUUCAAACUUGUGUCGGCAUUUUAGAAACAUUUUAGGAUGGAAACUUAGUAUUCAUUUAAGUUGGAAAUAUGCAGAGGAGAAGAUUCAGUCGUGGUAUUCAACAACACAACCACCCAAUAGAUUAUCAGUGGAAGAAAUCGGCGCAUUACUAAAAGUUCCUGCAGAUAAGAUAAGGAAUUUUGAAUUUGAUCCGGAAAUGGAGCACAUUUUUACAUUGUUGAGAAAAAAUCUUUCGCAUACUGCAUUUCCCAGUUUCGCCAAACUAUUGACUCUUCAAGGUAUUCAAAAAGGAGAGGAUCAAUCCGUAUCUCGAUUUGUGGCGGAACACUGUGGGAUGUAUCUUGAAAGUGAAAUAGUUGACAAGCACCUUACAUUUAUUCGGCGGAACGAAGAGAUGAAAAUGGUCUCUGAUAAAGGUGAUGAGUCAAAGUCUGAAGUUUUUUGGGAGCAAGUCAAUGAAACGUUGGACUUUAGUGACGCCUGUUUUGUCGAUGAUGGAGGAAAGGGGUACCGUAAAAUUUCUACAUUUCAUCCUGAUUGGAAUAUUUUACAACUCUCAACGUCUCUCAAAUCCACAAAUCGAUAUGGUUAUGAUCUCGUUGGCAAACAACUUGUGCCUCAGCUCAUAUUGAGUGCAUUUGGAUUCUUGCCGAAUGAGUGCAAACUUCGUUGUGAAUUCACCACGUUUUGUUCAGAACCCCCUGUAGAACCCGGAUCACAAAUGCCACAUGGUCUGAUUGAUGCCUUUGAGAAACUGCUAGACAACAAUUUAACCAUAAGUGAUGAUAAGGUUGUUAUUACUCGUAAAAAGUACUGGGAAGAGCGACGGAAACAUAAUGAAGCUAUUGAGGCAAUCAUGAACGCGAUGGAGGAGUGGAUAUUUCCUUGGACUUUCCUAUUUACUGGCACGAUUAAAAAUAAAUCCAUUCAACAAAUUAUUUCUACAGAGGUUUUAUCACAUCCAAUUCUGAAAUCGUGCCCAGAUUCACAGAAAUUUGCAAUUUAUCGCCUAACUGAUGGAUACAAUAUACUACCCUUGAAAUGUCGGAACAUUAUGGAUACCAUAGUGGCUUUUAUUCUUCGAGUUGAUGAAAAUGUAGUGCAAUCUCUAACCAAAAAAAUCAUUGAAAUUGGAUCGUUGAUUUCUAUAGUUGAACCUCGCAACCCGACUAUUAUAAUUUUAGAUCAGGAUAUCGAUAUUUUACCCUGGGAUGCUCUGCCGUGCCUUAAAACCACAGAUGUUACAAGAAUGCCUUCAUUAAAUUUGAUAAAUAGCACGUUACGCUUAACAAAAUUUGUUGGAGGGAGCACAAACUGUCGACUGAUAGACAAAACAAAAUGUACGUUUGUCCUCAAUCCUGAUGGUUCUCUACCGCAAGUUCAAGCCAGAUUAGAGACAUAUUUCAAUGCUAGAAAUGCGUGGACAUCUGUAGUGGGAAGGUCACCCACAGUUCAGGAGAUGCAAAAUUCGUUGGAGAAUCAAGAUAUAUUUCUGUAUUGUGGCCACGGAGCUGGAAACAAUUUCUAUCCUGAGCACGCCGUCCAGAAGUUGAUUUGCCGAGCGAUACCAAUUUUAAUGGGUUGUUCUAGUGCACAGUCGCAUUUUACUGGUCCUGGACUUUACGCCUAUUCCAGUGUGCAUGCUUAUUUCACUGCAGGAUGUACGAGCAUUGUUGGAUUCUUAUGGGAAGUAACAGACACUGAGUGUGACAGGAUUACGGCAGAGUUUGUUGAACGAUGGUUACCACAUCAAUGUGCAGCAUUACCGAAAAUGCCCCUCUUUGAUUCUGACUCUAUUCGAUCACAUGAAAGUAAUUUGUCUUCCGCAUUGAAAAAAUCUAGAACUGCUGCGACACAACUUUUAACGCAAUGUGCUGCUGUUUGCUACGGAAUUCCAAUUGUAAAAACGUAACAUAUAAUGUAAUAUUCAUUGGUAAAGCAUGCAUUUUUAUGAUUUCCAUUAUAAUAUUCUUUUCGUAGCAAAAGUGUAAUCGAAUCGACAUAGACAUUACUAUUAUUAUCCAGUGUUUUUGGUGUCAUUAUACUUUGUAAUUAGUAAUGCGCUUAAUUUUUUUACUGUGCCAAAUUAGAGGAACUGUACAUAGUUCUGAUUUUCAGAAUGUUUAAAAAUAUGUAUUUUUCUAUUCACCAUUCAAACUGGUAUCAAUAAUAAUUAAAAUGAAAUUCUUUUGUAUUUUCA